GGAGUGGCAGGCGUCGCGUCCAGAGAGCUCCAGCCUUGGAGCUGCGGAGGCGGGGCUUGCGGGCAGCUCCCGAGACCGACUCGGAGCUGAUUGGCUCGGUCCGCGGCCUCCAGGUCGGGGCGUGGGAGCGCGCGGGACGCUGGAGGGAGCAUCGUGGAGCCUGGGCCGUCGAAGCUCCCUCCGCCAGACAGCGUGGGGACCGGCCUUGGAGAAGAGGGCGGAGGGAACUACGGGGAAGACUUAUUUUCCACCCGGUUCAGUCGCCCUCGGCGCCCCCCACCCCCCCAGGAUCGCCUGGGCUCCUCCUCCCAGGCCUCCGCGACGCUCUGCAAAUGCGAGCUGCUCGCCGCACAGCUGCCCUAGGACGCGCUCCUGCCUCCCUCUCGGAAUGGGACCGCGUGUGAGCGCCUGGGGUGUGGAGGAGCAGGGGCUGCAGCCUCCAUUCCAGCAGAUCCGGCUCCUGAAACACCUGCCCCUGUAAUUAAUCAAUCCUUCCUUCCCUGAUUCCCCAGGCAAAGCUAGAAAAUAAAAUCCCGGAAUAUGGGCCCCGCCCCCAAGUGCGCUCCACUCCAGGCCAGGCGGGAGUCAGUGGGGUGCCUUCCAGCACUGGGGGCUCCACAGGGAAAUGGGAGCCCUCGCUGGGCCUCGCAUCUCCACCCCCAACUCCCAGGAAUGUCCUGCCUACACUUUGAUGGCAAAAAGGUGAAAGAUGCAAAUGCUGCUGAUACCUAUUCAGCUGACUUCACCCAAAUGCCUUGGGAAUUUCCUCCCUCCCUGCUAUCUGGGCAGAGGGGUGCUGUGGCCCCUGCUGACUCACUUUUGCUGGCUACCACCUCGCCCUAAUAAGGUGAUCCAAUGACCAGGGACCUUCAACUUUUACUCUUUAACCUGAACCUCUUUUCCUACCAGAGGCUGCUUUCUGACUUUGGAGGUAGGGUGUGAUCAUUGGUCAACAUGUUUUCAACCUUGUCUCAUCACCCAUUAACUGAGGAAGGGACAAGCAAAUCACCUGCCCCCUGACCCUCAUCCCUACCCCUAAUUUCAACUCCUUUCUCCUUUCUUCUGUUCCCUAAAAUCUCUUGCAAGUUGCAGUGAAGGGGGGCGCGGGCGUAGAGUUGGGGAGUGGUCCUAAUGGGACAGAGUUACUGAGGGCUGAGGGUUGAUGUGUCAGAGCUUCCAGAGAAACAUAGCACUCUGACUUCCUGCAGCGCGGACCUAGGGACUGCUGCCCCAGACCCCAACAGAGCGAACCUCUAGUAGGCCUACAGGACACCCUGCCUCCAUGAAGGCCUGCACCAGGCGUCCCCCAUGCACUUGUCCCCUCCUCCCCAUCUCUCCAACGUGUUUACUCCAACAUGGUCCACCCCAAUGUCCCUCCACAGUCCUUGUCACCUGACAGGGGGGUGGGGAAGCAGGCAGAUACAUGGGCCCUGCCUCCCCAGCCAGGCCAGGCAUAGGCGCAAGGACAGAGGCACUGACCAGGCCACCUCCCCAUAUCACCACCAUGAAGCUGCUUGUAGUGGCGGUGCUGCUCCUCACCAUCUCUGGCCUCGAAGCCUUGGUCCGGAGGCAGGCAGAGGAGACGAGCCUGCAAAGCCUUUCUCAGUACCUGCAAACCGUGACCGACUAUGGCAAGGACCUGGUUGAGAAGGUCAAGGGCCCAGAGGUCCGGGCCCAGGCCAAGGCUUACUUGGAGAACACACGUGAGCAGCUGACACCCCUGGUCAAGAAGGCUGGGAAUGAGCUGAUGAGCUUCCUCAAUUACUUCGUGGUAUCCCAAUCACCGUCGGAUGCCCAGCCACCCCAAGCUGGCCCCUAGGACACGUCUGGCUGGCCUCCAGCGCCCUCUGUCCCCACACCUU